CCCCCGCGCAUUCUUCUGCCUAGUAAGGCCUGGCCACAGGCUGUCCCGCCAGCCCAGUCUCCGCCCCCAGAGCUCAGAGCAGGGGCCCCAGCGACUGCCAGCCAGCUUCAGCAACACCGUAGCACCGGCCGGCCGGGACUUUUCUUCUCUACAGCAGGGAAGCCCCAACACCAGAAGCCAAGAUGUCCAGCAAGCGAGCCAAGGCCAAGACCACCAAGAAGCGGCCCCAGAGGGCUACAUCUAAUGUCUUCGCCAUGUUUGACCAGUCCCAGAUCCAGGAGUUUAAAGAGGCCUUCAACAUGAUUGACCAGAACCGUGAUGGCUUCAUUGACAAGGAGGAUCUACACGACAUGUUGGCCUCUCUGGGGAAGAACCCCACGGAUGAGUACCUGGAAGGCAUGAUGAGCGAGGCACCAGGGCCCAUCAACUUCACCAUGUUCCUCACGAUGUUUGGGGAGAAGCUGAACGGCACAGACCCCGAGGAUGUAAUCCGCAAUGCCUUUGCCUGCUUUGACGAGGAGGUCUCAGGCUUCAUCCAUGAGGACCACCUGCGGGAGCUGCUCACCACCAUGGGUGACCGAUUCACAGAUGAGGAGGUGGAUGAGAUGUACCGGGAGGCACCCAUUGACAAGAAGGGCAACUUUAACUAUGUGGAGUUCACCCGCAUCCUCAAACACGGCGCCAAGGACAAAGACGACUAGGCUAUUUUUGGCUGUGUCAGUGCCCAGACCCUGUCACCCCCCAACACACACACACACUCUACCCUCCACGUGGAAUUGGGCUCCCAGCUCCCAGGGGAGGAAAUGAGCCCUAAGACCCACAGGGUGAGGCAGGUGUUCUACCACAGCCCCAGGCACGAGAAGGAUCUCUUAAAGGAAGGACUGCAGUGGGGGGGGUGAGCCUAGGGUGGAACCAAGACCCCUGAAGAUGGCCAUCCCCAGGCACGCCCUCUCACUCCUGGGCUGCUGUGAGGAGGGAAACACUCAUGUCCUGGUGUUGGACGCUAACUCCCAGCAUCCCCACAAAGGCACACACACAUUCACCAUGUCCUUAGGAGGAUGACAGUGCGCAUUCACGCUGGUCCAGUUGUCAGAGCACACCCAGAAUGCACAGGGGGAACCGGCCUGGGGAUUCGGCCUCUAAUACAAGGCUCAGCACUG